UUCACAAAACUUGAUGAAAAGUUUCAUUUAGCAAACCAGCAAAUUUUGUUGUUAGUUGAUGAUGUAAAGAGUCAUUAUAAUUCUAAUGAAAAAUUGAGUAGUAAAGAAGAAUCAUGUAAUGAUGAAUCAGAAAGUAAAAACAAAGAAGAUGAAGAAUUAGAAAGUGAAGAGUUAGAUAAAGAAACCUAUGCAAGCUUAUUUAAAACCUUGCAUACUCGAUGUGGCCAUCCAAGGUUAAAAAUUCUUCCUUUAGUAUCAAAUAUUAAAAUUGAUAAUUCUACUUAUGCCAUUCAAGACCUAGAAGAUGUAGAAAAGGAUGAAGUUGAUGAAUUAAUCAUAGAUCUAAUGACAAAUCUGUCAGAUCCAACAAUCGAAUGCCAACUAAAUAAAUUUAACAAUAUGAAUUAUUCUCAAAUACUUACUAAAGAUCUUCUUAAUGAAGAAGAAAUUGUUAACAUUGUAUUGGAUAAGCAAAAGGAAUUCAAAAAAGGUAAUGCAAAUGAUACUGAUAAGGAACUGCCUGAAAUCUCUAUUACAGAAGGCUUAAAUAGACUAACAAAGUUUAUUAGUUUUUUUGAGCAACAAGAGAGUUGUGACUUUAAUAUGAAGAAUCUUAAA